AGUUUGUGAACAUGUCAAGUACUCCAGUGGCCACGUACAUGCUGCGGAUGAGUCCCUGCUUGCCUGCUCUAGCGUGGAGCGGCAUUCCUCUCUCCAGGGACUUAAGUUUGACGCGCUCACACUUUGGGCCGAUUCUUGGCGAGCCAAGCUGGAGCAAGCCAACGAAAGCGGGAGCAUCCGGACAAGGAGCAAGAGCAGUCCAGGAGAGGAGAUUAUGGCUCUGUCCGAUACUGGAACGCAGCCACUGCUCUGUGCCUGCAAUUGGAUUCGGGUUCCUAUAUCAAGGAGCAACUUCAAACUUGAAGAGGACGAAGUUUGCGGGGCCAGGCCAUCAGCGCGGCGACGAAAGUUCGGGAGUCAGGAGACUGUUGCAUCGACCAGAAGAGAUCGACAGCGACAUGGCUGUCACCAUUCUGGACAUAUCCAACAAGCAGGGAGUUCCAAGAGACGAUAUCUUUGAAGUGGAUGCUGUCAAAAACACUGCGAGCUUGGGACAUGCUACCGCACUUGGCAUACAUGCUCAUUAUGCUGCUGAGACCACUUUCGACGGCAUGCAACUGGAGCUUACUGCCAGUUGCUAUGUCUCUGGAGCUGCCGCACGCCAGCAAGCCGCUUUGCUCCCGCGUUUUGCAUCCGAUCGCAGAGUAUCCUCGGCAACAAGGGUCCUGCGAGACGUACUUUGUGCAAAAGAAAAAAUCCAAGACGUUCCCAUCAGAAAACUAGGCGACUGCUUUCAGUACAAACUGCUAUAGGAACUUUAAACUGCUAGAGGACCUUUAC